CCGUUCCGUCCAGCCGUGUGAUACCCAGUGUUCUUCCGUCCCCGUCUCUACGGAAAAUUAUCUUUUCCUGUAGGCCGGCGUCUUAUUCAGUCGCCGUGUGUGUACAUACGUGGGCCAGGGAGAUCGUGGGAAGCAGAGAAAAGAGGGACUGAGAGAAAUAAAGGGAGAUGGAGAAAAGAACGAGGGAGAACUGAUGGGAAGAGAGAGGGUGGCUGAGAGACAUAUAAAAAGACAGUGAAAUGAAAGAGAGUAAGCCUUCAAAGUGGCAGGGGAAUAAAAUAGAGAAGUAAAUUAAAAAGCCGGAGCUCCAGGGAUUGGAGAGUAACAGAGAGAGAGCCGUGGAUCAGCAAUGGGCGAGAGGUAGCAAUGGUGAGGCCCCUCACAGAGAGUGUUUGGAGAGAGGAUGAAAGAGUUGGAACCACGGCAUUCAGGGCAGCCUGGUGCUGGGAGACAAAGAGGCCAAGUAGUGGUUAGAAGAAUAAGAGAGAGAGCAGGAAAGAAGCAUAGCCACUUGGGGUGCCAGAGAGGGAGGAGGAAGGGAGUGUAACAGGGAGAGAGGGGUGUAAGGGGAGGGAAGAGAGGGGGCAGAGGUUGUGGAAAAUAAGAGGCAGUAAUAUAUAGAGAUGGUCUCCUGAAAAAAAAUGUGCAAUGUGAGAGUAGCGAGUUAAAUUUUAUUUCUGUCAAAUGAGGGCUAUAGCCCAGGAGACCUGAUUGCAGAUAGCGCUGCGAACCCGAUUUUAGUGAAGGGCGUGUCCAUGCCGUCAAGCCCAUGUUUUUCUGCAGGAGGUUGCUGUUGUCUCAUGAAGGUUACUGCUAGUCCCGAGGAGCAGACGUCACUGUGAAGGAUUUUAGUGUUUUUCUAGAUAUGAGGAAAUGCAAUAAUUGGGCUCAAAAAAUCUUCUAAAAAUAUCUAACCAUCUGAAGGCCUGUUUUACCAGUUUUUCCCAGAGCGCAGAGUGCCUCAUUCCUGACGUCCACCCUGAACUCCCUUCAGGGGGAGAUGAAGAUUGAUUUCUAAAGACUCAUUUGCCUGAGGAAGAAGCGCGAAAGAAAAGGAAGAGGAAAGAAAAGGAGCCUGAAAUGACUCUUUUUCAGGCAAGGUUGACCUUCCAGGAUGUGGCCGUUGAAUUCACUCAGGAGGAGUGGGAAUGCCUGGACCCUGCUCAGAGGGCCUUGUACAAGGACGUGAUGGUGGAGACCUACAGGAACCUGGUCUCUGUGGAUAUCUCUCAUAUACACAUGAUCAAGAAAUUACCACUACAAUCAAAUACUGAUAGAGGAGGACUAUUCCAACCAGUAAUGUUGGGAAGACAUGAAAUCCAGGAAAUCAAAGAUUUUUACCUUCAAGAAUUUCAGGACAAUGUCGUUGACCUUGGGCGUCAGUGGAGAGAUGAUGAAAGCAAUUACAAAAAUAUCCCUACAUCCCCUAACGAAGAUGUCAUUGAUAGACGAUGUCGAGUUGUUGGAAGGGUUUCAGGAAACAAGCAUGUUGGAAACAGGCUUGCAUCGGGCUUUCGGGAUGAACUCCAUAUGGUUAACAGUGAACAGAAAAUUGAUGAGUGUAAUCAAGCUGGUAAGAAUAACAGCAGUAGUGCCUCAUUUUCACUGUGUCAAGGAAUUUCUCCUCCUGUCCCAACCAGCAUUUCUAAUACCCAUGGGAGUGAUUUUAUGCACCCUUCAAUACUGACACAAGACCAGAAAGCACAGAGCGAAAGAGCUUACAAGUGUAAUAAGUGUGAAGAAACCUUUCAUGUGGGGUCAUACCUCCGUAGACAUCAGAUAAUUCAUACAGAAGAGAAAUUGCUUAAAUGUGAUGUAUGUGGGAAGGUCUUUAGUCGAAAUUCAAGCCUUGUAAUUCAUCAAAGAAUUCAUGCUGGAGAGAAACCUUAUAAAUGUAACGAUUGCGGCAAGGUGUUUAGGCAAAAAGGAUACCUUACAAUUCAUCAGCGAAUUCAUAGUGGGGAGAAACCUUACAAGUGUAAUGAGUGUGGCAGGGUCUUUAGCCAGAAAGGAUACCUUACAGUUCAUCAGCGAAUUCAUAGUGGAGAGAAACCUUAUGAGUGUAAUGAGUGUGGCAAGGUCUUUAGGCAAAAAGCAUACCUUACAACUCAUCAUCGAAUUCAUACUGGCGAGAAACCUUACAGAUGUAAUGAGUGUGGUAAAACCUUUAGUCAGAGCUCGGCCCUCAUUCGACAUCAGAUAGUCCAUGCAGGAGAGAAAUUACCUAAAUGGCACGUAUGUGGCAAAGUCUUCAGGCAAAAUUCAGACCUUGCAGAUCAUCAGGGAGUUCUUUUGGACGAGAAACCUUACAAAUGUAAUGCAUGUGCCAAGGGGUUUCGUCUGAAAGGAGAGCUUUCAGUUCAUCAGAGAAUCCAUAACCGAGAGAAACCUUACAAAUGUGAUGAGUGUGGCAGGGUCUUUAGCCAGAAAGGAUACCUUACAGUUCAUCAGCGAAUUCAUAGUGGAGAGAAACCUUAUGAGUGUAAUGAGUGUGGCAAAGUCUUCAGGCAAAAAGCAUACCUUACAGUUCAUCAACGAAUUCAUAGUGGAGAGAAACCUUAUGAGUGUAGUGAGUGUGGGAAGGUGUUUAGGCAAAAAGGAGUGCUUAUAACUCAUCAGCGAAUUCAUACUGGAGAGAAACCUUAUAAAUGUAACGACUGUGGUAAAACGUUUAAUCAGAGCUCGGCCCUCAUUCGACAUCAGAUAGUCCACACAGGAGAGAAAUUACCUAAAUGUCACAUAUGUAGCAAAAUCUUCAGUCAAAAUUCAGACCUUGCAGAUCAUCAGAGAGUUGUUACGGUGGAGAAACCUUACAAAUGUAAUGCACGUGGCAAGGGGUUUCGUCUGAAAGGAGAGCUUUCAGUUCAUCAGAGAAUCCAUACUGGAGAGAAACCUUAUAAAUGUGAUGAAUGUGACAAAAUGUUUCUUCUCGCCUCAUACCUCAGUAGACAUGAGAUGACCCACACACGAGGGAAAUUAUAUAAAUGUGAUGUGUGUGGCGAAGUCUGCGGUCAAAAUAAAUACCUUAAAGAGCAUCAGAGAAAUCACACUGGAGAUAAAACUUUCACAUGUAAUUUGUGUGGGAAAAGCUUUCAUUGUGUCUCAGAGCUCAGUGGAUGUGAGAUGAUCCACAAAGGAGUGAAAGUAUACAAGUGUGACGUAUGUGCCAAAGUCUUUUGUCGAAAGUCAGUCCUUACCGUUCAUCGGAGAAUUCAUACUGGCGAGAAACCUUACAAAUGUAAUGAGUGUGGCAAAGUCUUUAGUCGAAAAGGAGCGCUUGCAACUCAUCAGCGAAUUCAUACUGCAGAGAAACCUUUCAAAUGUAAAGAGUGUGGCAAAGUCUUCAGGGUGCUUUCAAGCCUAAGUUACCAUCAGGUAAUCCAUGAUCUUGAGAGGGUUUAACAGUGUAGUGAAGUGACAAGGCUUUUAGCAGGUGUCCACAUCUUAGACUUUAUAUUAGAAUACUUAUUGUGUAAGGAAACCAGACAGAUGUAAUUAUUGUGACCAGUCCUUUAGACAAGGAAUUUAUUCACCAAGGAAUUCAUUCCGGAGGUCACCUCACCAAUGUUAUGAAUGGAAAAACUUUUCCUUGGGGCUAACAUCUCACCAGUCUUCAGAUAAUCCAUACUGGAUUAUGAAAUGACUCCUCCUACAUUUGCGUUUUUGCCACUGUAGUCUUGUCUACCCCAGAGAAAUCCCUGUUUGAGGUAGGAGAUCUUCCCCUGAUUCUCAUACACACUCUGCCUCUUAGUCUCAAACCGCAAAAUACUCCUCUGAUUCCUUCCUGCUGCCCGGACUACGGACUUAUUGUUUUGUACCACUGUUUGGGGGAGAAGGUGACAGCCAGGCUCUGCAAUGUGUGUGUGAGCCUGACGUACCAUCUCUUAGAACUGCAACACCACUUCAACUGUUAUGCAAGGGCAGUGCGCACUUGGUGACACAAGAAUGUUUCUGCAAAACGUUGUUCCCAGUUGCCAAUUCCGUCAAACAACUACAAGUUCCUAAUGAACGUCACAAAGGUGUAGUAGAGACUCUUCCUGUUCCUUGACCCCUUGUUUUGUUAGAUUUACAUGUUAUUCUUUUACUUUCCUGAUGGAUCACCAAUAUGAUAUUACAUUUAAAAUUUCAAUUUCCAUUUGUAAAUUUCUAGUAUAUAGAAUUGCAAUCAAUUUUUCCUUUUUCUACUUGUAUCCUGACCCCUUGUAAAUUAUUCUUUUUCUAGAACUGUUUGUAGGUUUUUUUGUUUUUCUACAUACACCAUAUCUGAAUUUACUAUUUCUUCUGUAACAAAAUAUCACAAACUGAGUGCCUUAAAUCAAGAAAUUUAUUCUCUUCUUCACUGCAGAAGUGUAAAUGGAUUCAAAGCCCUGUGCUCUGUUGGGUACUCCAGGGCACAAUUCGUUUUCUUUCGUUUCCUUAAUUCCAAACAUCACUCUGAUCCUUUGCGUCUUGGUCUCCAUGUGGAUUUGCAUGACAUGCUCUUUUAAUUAAUCGAUGCUUUUGUUCAGAUAUCCUCAUCAUUUGGGCAUUUCCUGAAUACUUUGUUUAAAUUAGGGCACCAUCUCCCUCUAUCGUUGUAUUAAUACAUACACCACUUCAUUGUACUUACCACAGUCAUAUCUUACUUAAUAACUGUUGUUCUUCAUAGGAUAUAAGUUCUUGAAAGCAGGGUAUUUUAUUUCUUGCUACACAGUCAGUGAUUGGAAUCAUUUCCCACUGACAGAAUGAGUGACUGUACUUCAUCAGUGCAAAGACAGUUGGUGUAAUGAAUGGGAUCACAGAUGAAUAGGUCAGAUGGUGAAAUAAACAUGUAAUUGUAUUUGUGGACUGAAAUUUUAUUCUCCCAUACUUUACAGCCUAAUAUUCUGAACAUUUGUCAUUAGUUCUCAGUAUAAUUUGUUCCCACAUUGUGAAUUUUCUGCAGCAUGUGCUAACAGAUCUAACUUAGUGAAGGGAUUUUUUUCAUGAAGUUGAGCCACAACAUUUCAAGUUCAAGAUCAUUUCAAUGAACAUUUUAAGUUCAAUGAAGUGCUCCAUUCACCCCUAUCCCUAAAUAACAAUCUUAUUUCUCAGGUUGGACAGUUUCUAUUUGUGAUAGACUGCCUGGAAAAUAGUAACUGAGAGAAGUAGGAGGCUGAUUCUCACCUAACAGGAAGUCCAGAGGGUGUCGUGUUGGACAUGAUGGGUCCUCUGCCCCUUCUACCUCCAUGAGCAGUUAGUCUUCAGUGUCUUUAUAGCAACCUGGCUGUUGGAUGGCCAAGGCAAGUGAUAGUUGUGAGGUAAAAUCCUUUUCAGUUUUAGAUUCUGUCUCGUUUUCAUGGAAGCGUUAAUUCAAGACAUCUUUUCCAAAUUUAUUAGCCAUUUAUGUUAAAUAUCCACCAUGAUUUUAAUAAGAAAAGUGAAUUUUCAAAUUUUGUAUUUCUACCUCAACAACAGAGAAAGGUAAAUGGAAGAGGUGUUAGGGCCAGAUUUUAUCUAUAGACUUUGUUCUUUAUCCUGAUAUUGUAACACUCCGUGUCUAACACCUGGCCAGUCUGCCCAGUGUUCCAAGUGUCGCACAAAAGUGAUUAGACCUGUAGCGUUUUCUAACGCAUAGAUUUAUUUUCUUGGUGCUCUGAUCCUAAACACAGUAAAAUUAGUCUUCAAUUUUAAUAUCUGAUUCUGGUAUCAGGGUAAGAAAUAAAAGAUUCUGUUUUGAAAUAUUUUCAAAAAUACCAAAGGCUUGUAGUUCAGGAAUAUUCUAACAUCAGCUCCAAAUAGAUUUUGCUAUUGGCGACUAAAUUUAUAGUAAUGUAAGUUAUAAC